GCACCGAGUCACCAGGCACAACCGUGGGCUCCGAGUCAACUGGGAUGACCGCUGGCACUGGGUCAGACAUUGGAUCGUCUGGCUGGACAGCGGGCAUCGGGUCACCAGGCAUCAGGUCAUUUGGCUCGACAGCGGGCACCGCGUCAUCUGGCAAGCAGUGGGGCUCCGAGUCAACUGGUAUGACCGCGGGCACUGGGUCAGACAUUGGAUCGUCUGGCUGGACAGCGGGCACUGGGUCACCAGGCAUCAGGUCAUUUGGCUCAACAGCGGGCACCGCGUCAUCUGGCAAGGCAGUGGGCUCCGAGUCAACAGGCACGACAGUGAGCACCGGGUCAAUCAGGUACCGGAUUGUCUGGCUCGACAGCGGGCAUCGGGUCACCAGGCAUCAGAAUCAUUUGGCUCGACAGCGGGCACCGGAUCAGGUACCGGAUUCAUCUGGAUCAACAGCGGGCAUCGAGUCAACUGGCCUAAUAGGAUCGUCAGGCUGGAUCAGUUCAUCAUGCUGGGUAGAGGCAUCAGGCUGAAUGCCGGCGU